CUCACAGUCUCCGACUUGAGUGACCUAGUUACCUGCCCUCUUGAAGAAACUUGGUGACGUCGGAACCUUUGUGCAUCCGGAACUAAAGUGCGGAGCAGCGCUGGCAGCCGGAAGACUACGUAAAUAAGGAGCUACCGCCUCUUUCCUGUCGGCGGGCCACUCGGGUUCCGGUGAGAGGAUCGGCGGUGGGCUCUUCAGCUUCGCUUCCUGCUAUGCACCGGCCGAAUUUCCGACCCCCAACCCCUCCGUACCCCGGCUCGGGGAUAGGAGGUUGGGGUGUCGGAAGCAGCUUCCGGGGUGCCCUGGGCGGGGGGCCGCGGCCGCCCUCCCCGCGGGACGGGUACGGGAGUCCGCACCACACUCCGCCGUGUGGGCCCCGGGCUAGGCCGUACGGGAGCAGCCACUCUCCUCGGCAUGGCGGCAGCUUCUCGGGGGCCCGCUUCGGGUCUCCGUCCCCGGGCGGCUGCCCAGGCUCCUACAGCAGGUCCCCCGCGGGGUCCCAGCAUCAGUUCGGCUACUCCCCAGGGCAGCAGCAGACCUACCCCCAGGGUUCUCCAAGGACAUCUACACCAUUUGGAUCAGGGCGUGGUAGAGAAAAAAGAAUGUCUAAUGAGUUGGAAAGUUAUUUUAAGCCUUCAAUGCUUGAAGACCCUUGGGCUGGCCUAGAACCAGUGUCUGUAGUGGAUAUAAGCCAACAGUACAGCAAUACGCAAACAUUCACAGGCAAAAAAGGAAGAUACUUUUCUUAACAUUUCUGAAAUUCAACUGGAAGCCUCUUGUGUCAGGAACAUCUUGGACAGAACUUUUACUGUAAAUGAGUUGAACCCAAAGAUGAUGACUUUGAAUAAUGAUUAGUAUAUCUCAAGUGUUGUUAAUAUUUGAGAAGAUGACAGGAUAAUUUGCAGUAUUUAGAUAUCUGGGAGUCUGUAACACAUUCAGAACACAAUUUUCAUAUUUAAUAUUUCCAAGAUAACGGACAUGUGCUUUUCCAGUGUUUUAAAAUAAAACAUUUUGUCUUCCUAGUUAAAUUGUGAUUUUUGUGGAUAUACAGAAUUGCUAAAAUGCUUCAUAAUCACGUAGAAUUUGAGUGUAAAUGUUUGCAAACUAUUUUUUUAAUGGAAUAAAUAAGCUACCCUAGAUAGUUUACUAUAUAUUUAUUAAUAGAAAAGUAUUCUACAUUCAUAUUUUCCCUAG